AUAUAUAAAUAUAUUUAUACAUAUAUAAAUAUGCUCGAAGUUAAUACAUAUAAUUUUGAUUACAAUUCUAACAAUGAAAUACAAUUAGUAAAACAAUUCAAAUCAUUUCAACGACAAUAUUUAGUAGUCUAUUUAACAGUUAUGGGCUCUGACUGGCUUCAGGGACCUUAUCUUUAUAAACUUUACGACUCUUAUGGUCUCAAAUUAACACAAAUUGCAAUGCUCUUUUUAACUGGAUUCAUUAGUAGUGCAUUUGCAGGGACUGUAGUUGGUGGUUUAGCAGACACAUGGGGACGUAAACGUGUUUGUCUAGUAUUUUGUUGGACAAUGCUAGUAUCACUCACAAUACGGUUAAUUAACAUAUAUCCUAUUUUAUGUAUCUCGCACGCGUUAUCUGGACUUUCUACUGCUUUAUUAUAUAGUGUAUUUGAGUCAUGGUAUGUUUCAGAACAUACCUCUAGAGGAUUCCCUGCUGAUUGGCGAGCACGUACUUUUGGUUUGGGUACAUUAUUAAAUAGUAUCGUUGCUAUUUUAGCGGGUAUUACAGCCAAUGUAUUAGUAGAAUUAUGGGGGUUUAGAGCACCUUAUAUUGGUUCGAUGAUUUUAAUCUCUUUAGUAGCUACUAUGGUAAUGACGACUUGGACAGAAAACUAUGGAAGUAAUCAAACUGAUAUCAAAUUAGUAGAUACAUUAAGCGUAGGAAUAGCAACUCUUUUAAAGAAUAGAAACAUUAUAAUUAUUGGUAUUGCUCAAACACUCUUUGAAUGUGCCAUGUAUAUUUUUGUAUUAUUGUAUACACCUGCUUUAGAAAACGCAAUUUCAAACACGAUGGAAUUGUCUAUAGGUGUUCCUUUGGGAUAUCUAUUUUCAACAAUGAUGUUAGCUGUUAUGGCAGGUUCUCUUACUUUUCAAGUCAUUGAAAUACAAGCAAUAAGAAGGACUCGAUUUUGGUUAAAAUUUAAUGAAGCCAAAUUAUUAUCAUUGAGUCUAGGAUUAGCUUUCUGCUCAUUUAUGCUGAUGGCAUAUCAUGGAAAUACUCCAGUAACAUUAUUGUUAACAGCUUAUCAUAUCUUUGAGUUUACAACUGGUUUGUAUUAUCCCUCAGUUUCAUCUUUAAAAGCUAAUGUUAUCCCUGAAGAAACAAGAGCAGCUGUUAUGGCAUUAUUAAGAAUCCCAAUGAAUCUUGCUGUAGGUGUUCUUAUGUGGCAUGUUGAUGAUAUGUCUAGUGAAAUGCUAUUUUCAAUUUGUGGUGUUAUGACAUGUGUUGGCUGUCUUCUUCUUGUUACUUUUUACCGUUAAUUAUACCAUGAUAUUUACAAACAUUUUAUUUUAUUUUAUUUUUUUAUAUGAAACAACGACUAUAUUUUAUUGUCUUUUUGAAAGUUGUACACGUUUACUAUAAGGAGAUAAUGAACGCUGUGGGGAUAAAGAAUGACGGCUUUUACUUUUCCUAAUUUC